AAAAAAAAAAACUUAAAAAAUGCCUGCCUCUAGAAUCAUCUCCAACCUCCACUUUGGUAUCAUUACCCCCGAGAAGCUUGUCCAAGUCUUCCCCAACCUUGCCACCUGGGGUGUUGCUGCCGGUUCCGCCGUCUGCUUGUUGGGUGCCGACGUUCCUAUUGUCAGAAGGGAUAUCUUGAGCAAGGUCCCUAUUGCCGGUGCUUACUUUGCCCUUCCCGCCGAGGACAAGGAAGAAAACUAAACUAAACUAAAUCAAAUGUUAUUAUAAUAAAGAAGCAUCCAAUUCCUUUCUGUCUUUUUGGGU